AUGAAAGCCGAUGAAACCACUUCUACUUACCUUCUUCGUGCUCAAGAAUACUUUGACGCCUUGGCAAACAUUGGAGAACCUGUCAAGGAGAAAGACCUUGUUAUAUUGGUGAUUUCUGGUCUUCGUGAGGAAUACAAUGGUCUUAAAUCCACUCUCCUUGCUCGACAAUCACCUACUUCUUUUCAAGAUCUCCAUGGUCUUCUAGUUGAUCAUGACUUUAUGAUCAAGAAAAACUCACACACGGACAAUUCUACCAAAACUAUCCUCCUCACAGGUGCAAGUAACAACAGGCUCUACUCCAUUUGCCUUUCUUCUUUUCAGCAUCUUCCAAAAGUUGCUUUUACUACUCUUAAAACCCCUUCUGACACUUGGCAUCAUCGGCUCAUGCAUCCUCAUCCUUGCUUUCAAGGUGAAGUAUCAUCGUUUCUGUCCGAUUCAAUGUGUGUUCAAAGUAAUGUUGAAAUCGUAUCAGGAGCAAAUCAAUUUAAUGUUCAAAUCGUAUCAGGAACAGAUCAAUUAAAUGAUGAUGAUAUUGGAAUCGAAUGUGAAUCAGCAACAUACGAAAAGCAAUUGGACAAUGUUGCUCAAGAAUUCAUUGAGAAAAUGGGAAGGGUAAUGAUUGGUCCAAUGAAAGCAUACAGGAUAAUGCAAGAAUUUAGAGGCUCAAACAAUGUUGAAGAGGAUCCAAGCCUUACAUUUGAGUUUAUAUGUGAUAAGGGAAAGUUGGUUUCACUUUUUUGGGCUGAUGAAGCUGUAAAGGUGAAUUAUAGAGAAUUUGGUGAUGUUGUUUCUUUUGAUGCUACUUUUCGGACAACCAAGUAUCGUAUGGUAUUUGUUCCUUUCACAGGGAUUGAUAACCAUAGAAAGAGUGUUACUUUUGCAAUUGGUAUUUUGCACAGCGAAACUAUAGAGUCUUAUUUAUGGCUCCUUAAAACUUUUUUGAAGACUUUUGGUAAACAACCUACUGUUGUUCAAAUUGAUGAAGAUGCAGCAAUGAAAAUUGCAAUUGAGAGAAUAUUUCCUUAUUCACGUCAUCGGUUAUGUAUCUGGCACAUAACCCAAAAGUUGUCUUCUAAGGUAUGUGCUGAACUUUCUAAUGAUAUGAAAUUCAAGAAAUGUUUCAAUAAGCUAAUUUGGAAUUCUAGGAUAGAUGCUUCUGAGUUUGAUAUUAGAUGGAGAAGUUUUAUUGAAGAUUAUAAGCUCCAAGAGGUAUCAUGGUUUUCGAAAAUGUUUGAUAUUAGAGAAAGUUGGAUUCCAACAUAUUUUAGAGACAUGCCAUUGUCUGGUUUGAUGAGGACCACUUCUAGGUCAGAGAGCAUGAAUUAUGCAUUUAACAAAGUUGCUCACUGGGGUAAUUCAUUGGUUAAGUUCUUUGAUUCUUUUGAUUCAGCUAUGGACAGACAAAGACAUAAUUAG